GGUGUACGAACGCGCGGGCGCAUUUGCCGUGUGCACUGUGGACAGCGGCUGUCUCGCAGAUCCUACGUAACAACAGACGUCCAAAAUGACCGUCAAGAAGCGACCUUCGGACCUGACCAGCCUGGAGCGGUUCAACCUGUACUACAGGGAGAAGGAGCCGCCGCUCACCAAGAGUCAGCAGAUGAAGCGGUUCAUAUGGAAUCCGAAGACGAGACAGUUCUGCGGCCGCACGGGUGCUAGCUGGUCCAAAAUCGCUUUAUUCUACUUCAUCUUCUACGCGGCUCUCGCUCUCCUGGUCGUCAUAUGCAUGUGGACUUUCCUCCAAAUGCUGGACGCUCGUCAGCCCCGCUGGCAGCUGGAGAGCUCGAUCAUUGGCACCAACCCUGGCCUUGGGUUCCGCCCCACACCGCCAGAGGUCGCUAGCAGCGUCAUCUGGUACAGGGGCAAUGACCCAGGCAGCUACCAGUUGUGGGUUAACGAAUUGUCGACGUUUUUAAAAGCCUACAAGCGCGAUGGCAAGAAAACGAGUGCUGGCCAGAAUAUCCACAACUGCGAUUUCAAACUACCCCCACCCGCCGGAAAAGUGUGCGACGUCGACAUCAGCGCUUGGGGCCCCUGCGUGGAAGACAAUAACUUUGCGUACCACAAAUCUACGCCUUGCAUAUUCCUGAAAUUGAACAAAAUAUAUGGAUGGAAACCAGCCUUCUAUAACAGCGCGGACACCCUGCCCGAAGCAAUGCCUACGGACUUGAAGGACCAUAUUCGGAAUAUGACAGCAUACGAUAAGAAUUAUCUCAACAUGGUAUGGGUGUCGUGCCAGGGUGAGAACCCGGCUGACCGAGAGAACAUCGGCCCCAUACAGUACUUGCCGUACAGAGGAUUCCCGGGAUACUACUUUCCGUACACAAAUCAGGAGGGCUACCUGAGUCCGCUGGUGGCUGUGCAUUUACAGAGGCCGAGGACUGGUAUGUUGAUCAACAUAGAAUGCAGAGCGUGGGCGCACAAUAUAAAAUAUGACAGACUUGAAGGCAUGGGCUCCGUACACAUUGAAAUUAUGGUCGAAUAGACCCUAUACCGUGGGUAUCACGAACCAAAGAGUAGUGUAGGGUUAAUGUGAAAGUAUUUAUAGCGUAAAUGGAAUAAACUAUUGAAUGAU